AUGUCGAAAAUAUUUACUCCAACUAAUCAAAUUCGUCUCACUAAUGUGGCUGUCGUUCGGAUGAAAAAAAACGGUAAACGAUUCGAAAUAGCGUGCUAUAAGAAUAAAGUAGUUUCGUGGAGGAAUGGCAUUGAAAAAGAUAUUGAUGAGGUGUUACAAACACAUUCGGUGUUCACUAACGUAUCCAAAGGCCAAGUGGCCAAAAAGGAAGAUUUACAAAAAAUUUUUGACACUGAUAACUCAACGGAUAUUUGCAAACACAUAUUAGAGAAAGGCGAGUUACAGAUUUCUGAUAAAGAAAGAUCAGCUCAAUUGGAUGCGUCUUAUAAAGAUAUUGCCACUAUUGUUGCGGAUAAAUGUGUUAACCCUGAAACCAAAAGACCAUAUUCUGUAACCAUGAUAGAAAAAGCAAUGAAAGAUGUACAUUAUUCAGUAAAACCGAAUCGAAACUCUAAACAACAAGCUCUCGAUGUCAUUCGUUUAAUCAAGACUGUACUUCCGCUUGAUAGAGCUAUGAUGAGGCUCAAAGUUGAAUCAACGAGCAAAGAUGCAAAAAAAUUGAAGGAAAAAUUUGUUGCUCUAGCAUCGUCUGUAGAGUCUGAAAAUUGGGACUCUGGAGAAAUUACUCUGGUACUACUUAUUGAUCCUGGGAAUUAUAGACAAAUAGAUGAACUUGUGAGAUCAGAUUCUAAAGGUACUACUCAAAUGGAAGUUCUUAGUUUAAAAGAAGUUGUAGAAGGAGACACCUUUUUAGAUUAA